AGCACCUCGUCGUCAAGGUUCCUUGAAUUCAGAUUAACCAUGCGCGGAAUAGGUGCUUGUGUCGCAAUUGCUUUUCUCUGUUUCUCGGAGUGCGUCCUAACCGACGACAUCAUAGUGAGAUUACCCCAAGGAGAUCUACAAGGGAAAGAAGCCAGAUCCAGUGGGGAACACCUUUAUUAUUCCUUUCAGGGAAUUCCAUAUGCAGAGCCGCCCGUCGGGGAACUUCGCUUCAAGCCCCCAGAACGGCACAGUGGGUGGUCGGGUACUCGGGACGCGACGCAGGAAGGCUCCGUUUGCGUUCAGGUGGAUGAAUUUAUCAAGAAAGGAAUCGAUGGCGACGAAGACUGCCUUUUCCUCAAUGUCUUCACUCGCAAGAUGCCGAAAGAAGGCGAGGAAAACCCCAGAAUGGCGGUGAUGGUAUGGAUUCACGGAGGAGGAUUCAUCAUUGGCAGCUCUCAAGCCCUAAUGUACCACCCUGGGUAUCUCAUGGAUUACGACAUUGUCCUGGUCACCAUAAAUUACCGACUUAACAUUUUUGGCUUUUUGUCGACGGAGGACGAACAUGCUCAUGGGAAUUACGGGAUGUUGGAUCAAGUCCAAGCCUUGAAAUGGGUGCAAGAAAAUGUGGAGUAUUUCGGUGGCGACCCAACAAGGGUGACGAUCUUCGGGGAGAGUGCAGGAGGGGCCAGCGUUCACUUUCUGGUCCUUUCCCCCUUGGCUCGAGGACUUUUCGUAAACGCAAUCGCGAUGAGCGGAGUCACCACGGACCCCUGGGCCGUGCAAUGGGAAGCUAGAGAUGUAGCAGAGAGGCUCGGAGAUAUGGUGGGAUGCCCGAGAGACUCCAGCCUUGCCCUGAUCGAAUGUCUUCGCACGAAGGACUCACUGGAGUUGGUGGCAAAGACAAUGGAUUUCCGAUUGUGGUCAUUGAUGCCUCUAACAUUCACUCCUCGUGUGGACUCCGAAGCGGAGAAUCCCUUUCUGCCGGACGACCCGAAGAUCCUCCUGCAAGAAGGCCGUUUCGCCAAAGUCCCCUUUAUGACCGGAGUCACUCGAGAGGAAGGGAUCAUGUUCAUUUAUCCCGCCUUGUUGAACGAGACUCUGUUACCUGAGAUAGACGGAAACUGGGACUUUUACUGCCCUCGAAUAUUCCUUGGGAAGACUGAGGACACCGGGGACUACUGCAGCCGUCUCAGGAAACAGUACUUAGGGGAUCAACCUAUCAACCGCCACAAUCGAUACGAACUCGUCAGGAUGGCUGGAGACCAAAUGAUGAAUGCGGGGGCCCUCGAAACCGUGAAGGCCCAGAGCCGGUUCGUCCCGACGUACCUCUACUCCUUCGAGUACGAGGGAAGCAGCGGGUUUAUGGACUUCAUCAGGUCUAUGUUAGUCAUGUCGCUUCCGGAGGAAGCCAGGGACUCUGUUCCGAAGAUCCACGGAGAUCUACGAGGGAAAGAAGCCAAAUCCAGUGGGGAACACCUUUAUUAUUCCUUCCAGGGUAUUCCAUAUGCAGAGCCCCCCGUCGGGGAACUUCGCUUCAAGCCCCCAGAACGGCACAGUGGGUGGUCGGGUACUCGGGACGCGACGCAGGAAGGCUCUGUGUGCGUCCAGGUCGGUGAAUAUAUUGAGAAAGGAAUCGAUGGCGACGAAGACUGCCUUUUCCUCAAUGUCUUCACUCGCAAGAUGCCAAAAGAAGGCGAGGAAAACCCCAAAAUGGUGGUAAUGGUAUGGAUUCACGGAGGAGGAUUCGUAUUUGGCAGCUCUCAAGCCUUAAUGUAUAACCCUGAGUAUCUCAUGGAUUACGACAUUGUCCUGGUCAGCAUAAAUUACCGACUUAACAUUUUUGGCUUUUUGUCGACGGAGGACGAACAUGCUCAUGGGAAUUACGGGAUGUUGGAUCAAGUCCAAGCCUUGAAAUGGGUGCAAGAAAAUGUGGAGUACUUCGGUGGCGACCCAUCAAGGGUGACGAUCUUCGGGGCGAGUGCAGGAGGGGCCAGUGUACACUUUCUGGUUCUCUCCCCCUUGGCUCGAGGACUUUUCACAAACGCAAUCGCGAUGAGCGGAGUCGCCACGAACCUCUGCGCGUUGCAGUGGGAAGCCAGAGAUGUAGCAGAGAAGCUCGGAGAUAUGGUGGGAUGCCCGAGAGACUCCAGCCGUGCCCUGGUUGAAUGUCUUCGCACGAAGGACUCACAGGAGUUGAUGGCUAAGUCGCUCAAUUUUCGGUUGUGGUCAUUGAUGCCUCUAACAUUCACUCCUCGUGUGGACUCCGAAGCGGAGAAUCCCUUUCUGCCGGACGACCCGAAGAUCCUCCUGCGAAAAGGCCGUUUCGCAAAAGUCCCUUUCAUGACAGGAGUCACUCGGGAUGAAGGGUUCUUGUCGGUCUAUAAGGUCUUGUUGAACGAGACUCUGCUGCCUGAGAUAGACGGAAACUGGGACUAUUACUGUCCUCGAAUGUUCCUUGGGAAGACUGAGGACACCUGGAACUACUGCAGUCGCCUCAGGAAGCAAUACUUCGGUGAUCGACCCAUCAACCGCCACAAUCGAUACGAUCUUGUCAGGAUGAUGGGAGACCACAUGGUGAAGGUGGGGACCCUCGAAACCGUGAAGGCCCAGAGCCGCUUUGUCCCCACGUACCUCUACUCCUUCGAGUACGAGGGAAGCCACCGGUUCCUGGACUUCAUCAGGUCCACGUUUGUCAUGUCACUUCCGGAGGAAGCUAGGGACUCUGUCCCGAAGCUCACGGGUGUGGCGCACGCCGAAGACAUCGUCUAUCUGUUACCCGCGGCCAACAUCCCUGGCGGUGAUGAGAGGGACGCAGCAAUGAAGGAUAUCCUCACGGGGAUCGUUGUCCAGUUUGCCAAAUCAGGCGACCCGACACCAGAUCCUCGGGCGGACGUGAAAUGGCCCCAAUGGACGCAAGACGACCCUCGUCACUUUGUGUUUGACUUCCACCCCCGAUUGUCGCGAAACCUGAUGGACUCCAAGUUCCUCGAUUUCUGGGAACAACUCCUCGCCUCCCAGCCGAAGAGACAUAGGGAAGAACUUUGA